AAGACAGAUGAAGAAGCCAUGAAGCAAGCUAAGACAAUUUGUCGUGUUUUCCUUUGGUUAAAUCUUCUUCAGUCAGUUUGUUCUGAGGAUCAUCGAAUACAACGACGGUCCGACAAUGCUGAUCCUAAACUACAGAUGACAAUCGGUCAUAAUAUGAACAACAGUACGUCCAUGAAACACGGAUUUGAGUAUAGAUAUACAUUUACAGUAAAGCACUCCUCUGAGUCACGGUCAGACGCACGUGGUGUUCACGUGACCUGGAUGCUGACGCCAUUUCUCAAAUUCAAAAAAGUGGAUUCUUCCUUAAUGACGGGGUCUCUUCGAGUUCAGCAGAAAGACGACAGCGUGACUUUCUUGAUUGACCAAAUUUUGUGGGCGGAAGAAGUCCAAUUUAACUUCACUGUGAUAUUUGACAGCGACCACUCCCUGAAAAACGGAAGACAUCAUAUUGUAACUCCAGUUAGUUUGCUAUACUACAAAGAAUAUACGGACAACGGUCACGUGAUAACAAAGGGAACCCCUUUCUCCAGUCGCCUUCAAACACUUUCCAUAGAGAUGACUAUACCUGGGUGCGAAUCCGCUUUGGGGAUGGAGUCUGGUAUUAUCAAAGAUUAUCAACUGACAGCCUCCUCCACAUAUUCAUUUCUACAGCCCUACAAAGCCAGGCCAGGCGGAGACAACGAUGCGUGGUGUGCCUUCAUCGCAAAUGACCAGCAAUUCAUUGAGCUCGAUUUCACCAAGAAAACACGAGUGACACGAAUUGUAACUUAUGGCAGAAGCCAGAAACAACACUGGGUCAAGAGAUAUCUGAUACAGUUCAGCAAUAACGAGGUGGACUGGUACAAUUACACUGAAAAUGGCUUCGAUAAGUUGAGUAUUAAGCUUUCGUCUUCUCUCGGUUUUACGAGGAUGGCAUAUGCGCAAAGUACAAAUUAACGAACAAUUUCAUUAAGCCCAUUCAAAUAUUCCGAAAUAGCGCAGAAGGCAGACACUGAUGGCUGAUAAUCACGCAUGCAACGAACAAGUUGCCAGUAAAUUUUAAAAA